AUGACUGUGCUGGAAAAUGCUGUGUUUUCUUUAUACGACGCAGAGGUUUUCAUCAAGUAUUUGAGGAACCUUGAAGAGAGACAUAAAACAUGGCCCGUGAGGCUGGAACAUUUCGAUGUAUGUAUUCUAUUAUGCCGAUCAAGGCUACUUACGGGUACAUAUUGUUGUAUAGCGCUGUAUAAUAAUGUAAACUUCAGAAGAGGGAAGUAUAGAGCUAUCUAAGAGUACAUAUCGCUGUUUAUGAUCCAUCAAUUUUUUUUUGCUCGCGCACGAUUGGUCUAAACUCACGCAAGUGACUAAAUAUCCCCCACCUAAAACUGGGUGAUAUCCGAGAAUAUAACCCAAGCGAUAUUCCCAAAUUUGCAAAUCUUACGUCCACCACGAUAAGUCUUCGUUUCAAACUUAAUUAAAUUCAGGAUAAGUUAGUAUUAUCAUCUGAGUUGAUUUCGUAAGCUGAAAGCUCACGUUUCGAGCGUUAGCCCUUUGCAAUCGCUCUGACGAAGGGCUAAAUCUCUUAAUUACCCCCUUCAGUCAUUCGAUUCAGUAAGCUGUUCAUAAAAAUUUUCCACAUGCGUUGUAAAAUAUUUGAAGGAUAAUAAACACAAUAGCCUCUAUUUUGCGAGAAAAUAUGUGCAGAUAUUUGUCCUUGGACAUUGUCUGUCCCUCGAAGGUCUCAGUUUUCGUAUCUUGGAACAGACAAUGUCCGCGGACAAAUAUCCGUACUCAUUUUCGCGCCAAAUUGGAGAAAUUAUUUAUAUAGCGCUGUAUGGUGAUGUGAAAUUCGGUGGAGGGAAGCAUAUGGCUAUUUAGGGGUACAUACUGUUGUGAAGCGCUAUAUGGUUACUGCAUUUUACGGAUUUACAGCGCUACUCAGGGGUUUAAUGUUGUAUUGUGCUGUAUAAUGAUAAAAGUUGCAGUAGAGGGAUGUAUAGUGGUAUUUAUUUUUGGCGUGCGUAUUCGAGGAGUUUAUUCUACGACGUUGGGAGACAUGGAGUCGAAUGAUCGACGGAACGUGUUUGCUCAUAAUGAAUCUCAACUAGUCAUCGACUAUCUCUCUAAGCACUAUAGUAACUUAUCCUUUCUUAAUCAUUGUUUCGUCAAAACUCUUUUCCAGGGUCUUCUCUGCGUCUACAUCCGAGAUGGCGGCUACCGACUCUGUGGAGUCUGUGAAUUGGCCUGCCGCUAUCUUGGAUUCGCAAUGUAGGUGGACCCUGGGCGAGAGUUUGACCCAUUCUCAAUCAGAUGAUACAUAUCAAACUCAUGGGGUACAAAUAGUCUUAACAUGAAUGUAGUGACCACGCCCACUUCAACACCCCACUCAAAUCGAGUGUAAUUUUCGAAUGUUUUACCAUCGUGCGGAUUCUCUACGGAAAAAGCACUCAAUGUACCUCUGAAAUAUUAAAAUUGUGGCUUUCUAUUUCGCUUAUUUUCUAACUUGAAGGUAAAGUUUUUCCCUCGUCAUUUUUACCUUUUCUCCGAGCGGUUGCGUGAAAUUAACAAGGCGUUUUUGAUCAAAACACGACCGAGCGAAGGGUCUCGGGCGAUAUCUCUUUUACGCAGGCGCAAAUUAAAAAUGUACCGCCAGAAUCAAAAAGAGGAACAAAUUUCCUUUGUUUUGAUAUGUAAAGUGUCGAACAAAAAGCAGAUUUGCCUUCGUCAAAUGGCGUUUCAAAACAGCUGUAUCUUCCUCCUUUUGAUUUUUCCUGUUUUGUAAGCGUGAAAGCAGUAGGAGAGGGAUCGGGAAACUCAGAAAGCGCUUCGGGAAUUAAUCUGCCAUCGUUUACUUACAAGAUAAACAAGUAAGAUUUGUGAAGUUCGUUGAAGUAUGAAGUCUAAAUAAAUGCCUUUUUAAAGCUUGUUUGCUGGAUUUUUCGUAAACUUCCCUGAUUAAUUUUUCGUUUCAGCUUACUAGUCUAUACUAUUUCAAAGCAAUGUCAAGACGAAGACGGAGAACCAUGAGUCGGUCCUUUCAACAAUCGUAAACAAAGUGUUUGGGCAUUCAGGUAUACGAGAUGUAAUAAUCAAUAGCCGCAUAUCAGAAGUCUUCGGAAAGAAAGUAUUCUGUCUUCAGAAAGCUGUCAAGAAAGCUAAUAAUCGUGGCGGAAGGCAAUUAAACGGGCCCUCGGUAUCGAUUUAAUAUCAUAUCGAUCUCAAUAUUAUACAGUUUUGUAUCUUUCUUCCGUGGAUUCGCCUUUCUAACGGGGGUUUAUGUUGAGAAUUCAUUGCAAAAUCGCUUUGUUUUUUUAAUUUCCCUCUUUGACCUGUCCGCCAUUUUGAAAAUUCGUAACGGAGAGCAUGCGCAUUACGUGGGGUUAGUGGUUGCGUACACCUGGAACCGAGAAAAACAAAUGUUCGUCGCACUGGGGAAAGAGUUUGAUAUGGAGAAGCCUUAAUUUGGACAUUGAAGGACUCGUUUCCAACAAAAUGCACCGAUUAUGUCGCCGAGCCUUGGAGGGAGCUGUUCCGCUUUAUAACUGCUACUAUGAUGAGAGGACUGAGGAGAGCAAACACUGGCACGUGAGACUUAAAACUGAGAGACCAUGUGGCCUGGGAAUGAGUUGA